AAUGGCUGCAUCAAUGUUUGAGAAUUAUACAUAUAUAUUUGUGUAUAAAAUGGCAAAAAGUGUCAGGCCAAGUUAAAGCAAAAUUAGUAAGUUUAAGGGAAAGAGUUGGAGAAAAUGAAGGUUGAAAUUCUCUCAAGAAAAACCAUCAAACCUUCCAUUCCAACCCCUCAUCAUCUAAGAACCUUCAAUCUUUCUCUUUUAGAUCAAGAUAUUCUUGGAAUUCAUUACUGCUCUGUCGUAUUCUUCUAUCCCUCAGACAAUACCAGUACUACAAAUGCUACUAAUAUGUGUAGUAUGUCACAAAAAUCUCAGUCCCUCAAAAACUCCUUGUCUAAAAUCCUACUUCAUUUCUACCCACUUGCUGGUCAGCUCAAGGAUGCGGUAACCAUUGACUGCAAUGAUCAGGGGGCUUGUUUUAUUGAAGCUACAUCUGGGUGCCACCUCACGGAUUUUCUUACCCGUCCUGACCCUGAUUUGCUUAAGGAAUUGAUUCCAUCAACUGACCCCAACACGAUCCGAUCAACCUUGGCCUGUAUCUUGCUUGUUCAACUCACUAGCUUUACAUGUGGAGGAACGGCUGUUGCAGUCUGCGUCUCACAAAAAUUCGGUGAUGCGUCAUCUUUUUGUACCUUCAUUCGGAGCUGGACCGCCAUCAGCAGCCGUGAAUAUAGCAGAGUAGUCGUGCCAAAACUGGUUGGGGCGUCUUUUUUACCGCCUUUAGAUGCACUAAUCACAUCCAUUCCUCCGCCCACAAUUCGAAACUGCACGACGAAGAGGUUUGUGUUCCACGAACCGCAAAUAGCAAAUCUCAAAGUCAAAGUUGCCGCCGCCAUGGGGCAGCAGCAGCACCGCGUCAGAAACGUAGAAAUCGUUUUGGCAGUCAUACUUAAAUGCGCAGCUGCUGCUUCACAAUCAAAAUAUGGAUCCUCUCGAUCUAUGCAGUCUGCUUUGCUCAACGUUGUAAACUUACGUAAAAGAAUAGUUCCGCCUUUACCUGGAAAUACAGUAGGAAAUCUUAUCUGGAAAUAUGCAGUGAUGUUCCAAGAGAGUGAUGUGGAACUCCAUCAACUGGUUUCUAAGAUGAAGAAUGAGUUUACCAACGUUUGCAACGAAAAGGUGAAAAGAAUUAAAAGUAAAAAAGGUUAUGCAGAUGUUGGAGAGUCUCGUAAAAAGAUUGCGCAGCUCCUGAAUGGAAAGUUAGCAGACAUGAACACCUAUACUUGUACAAACUUGUGCGGCUAUCCAUUUUAUGAAAUGGACUUUGGGUGGGGAAAGCCGGUAUGGGUGACUAGUCCAAGUAAGUUCCAGAACUCGAUUGUGUUGCUAGAUUCUAAACAGGACGGCGCCUUAGAAGCAUGGGUGACCUUGGACGAGGUAGAAAUGGCCUUUUUUGAGCGUAACCAAGAGUUACAUGCAGUCGCUUCCUUAAAUCCUAGUGCUUUUACUAAUUACAGCCGAAUGUGAUUGAUCCAUCUCCACAACCAUGGACAUAUGGUUGCUUAUUGUAGCAUUCCUUAUGGCAUCAGUCUACCAAAAACAAAAAUGAA